CAUUUGUCAGGCAAUUCUUGUGAAUAAAUUUAGUGGUUCGCUACCUCGAAAGAGCAAUAUUAAUGAUAUUUCAAUUCUCAUGAUAAUUUCCGUGCGAAUUCAGCAUUUUGAUUAAUGACUCCUCGUGGGAUUUUCUGUUGAAGUAUCGGUGAGUGAAGAUUUGGAGCACAACCUUGAGUGUCAAUAGUUACCUGAAAAAAGACAUAUUUUACAAAGACUGAAACAAAGGUGUUGUGACCAUGAAGCUCAAUGUGGAUGGACUGCUCGUAUAUUUUCCGUAUGACUAUAUAUACCCAGAACAGUUUAUGUACAUGAUGGAGCUAAAGAAGACACUGGAUGCCAAAGGUCACUGUGUCCUUGAAAUGCCGUCUGGUACUGGGAAAACAGUGUCAUUAUUGUCACUGGUAGUGGCAUACAUUAAGGGAAAUCCAGAUGAAGUAAACAAAAUGAUUUACUGCUCAAGAACUAUACCAGAAUUAGAAAAAGUUGUAGAGGAGUUGAAGAAUCUGAUUGAAUAUUAUGAAAAAGAAACAUGUGAGAAACAAAAUAUUUUGGGACUUGCUUUGUCGUCAAGAAAGAAUCUGUGUAUACAUCCUAGAGCUUCCCAAGGACUAGAAGGAACCUCUGUUGAUGCAGAGUGUCAGAAAAUGACAGUAUCAUAUGUCCGAAACAAACAUAAAAAUGAUGAUUCGAUUGAGUUGUGUGACUUCUUUGAAAAUUGGGAUAAAACUGGAAAAGGGUCGGUUUUACCUACAGGAAUAUAUGGCUUGGAUGAAUUGAAAGAAUAUGGCGCAAAGAAAGGCUGGUGUCCAUAUUUUUUAGCUAGGAAUGCAAUAAUGCAGGCAGAUGUUGUUGUGUACAGUUAUUACUACCUCCUGGAUCCGAAAAUAGCCGACAUUGUAUCAAAAGAACUCUCGAAGAAAUCGUGUGUGGUGUUCGAUGAGGCGCACAAUAUUGAUAAUGUAUGUAUUCAGUCUAUGAGUGUUCAGAUUACAAAGAAAACAUUAGACAGAUGUCAGCAAAACAUGGACACUCUUACACGUCACAUUAACAGGAUUAAAGAAUCUGACACUGAAAGAUUGAAGGAAGAAUAUAAGAGGCUAGUGGAGGGGUUGAAGGAAACAAAUCUAAACAGGGAAACAGAUGUUAUAAUGGCAAAUCCGGUCAUUCCUGAUGAGAUUUUGCAAGAGGCAGUCCCAGGAAAUAUAAGAAAUGCGGAACAUUUUAUUUCAUUUCUACGUCGGUUUUGUGAGUAUUUAAAGACAAGGUUAAGAGUACAACAUGUAGUGUCUGAAACUCCGCCAUCAUUUCUCAAGGAUUGUUCACAGAAAGUAUGUAUUGAAAGAAAGCCAUUGAGAUUUUGUUCAGAAAGGCUAGCAUCAUUGUUGCGUACUUUAGAACUAGCAGAUGUGUCUGACUUCAAGGCUUUAACUUUAAUAUCACACUUCGCUACACUUGUCAGCACAUAUGCGAAAGGGUUCAUGCUUAUCUUUGAGCCUUUCGAUGACCGAACUCCAACUAUCUCAAAUCCAAUCCUUAACUUCAGUUGUUUGGAUGCAUCAAUAGCAGUUAAGCCGGUCUUUGACAGGUUCCAGAGUGUUGUGAUUACAUCUGGAACUCUUUCACCCUUAGACAUGUACCCAAAGAUCCUUGAUUUCCGUCCAGUAAAUAUGGCAAUGUUCACAAUGACUUUAGCAAGGACUUGUAUCUGUCCAAUGAUAAUCAGUAAAGGAAAUGAUCAGGUUGCAAUGAGUUCUAAGUUUGAGUCUCGAGAAGAUCCUGCAGUGAUUCGUAACUAUGGUAACCUACUUGUUGAAAUGUGCGGAAUAGUGCCCGAUGGUCUUGUGUGUUUCUUCACAAGCUAUAUUUACAUGGAGUCUACAGUGGCCUCCUGGUAUGAGCAGGGAAUCAUUGACCAGAUACAGAAACACAAGUUGCUGUUUAUAGAAACACAAGAUGCAGCAGAGACCACUUUGGCACUACUUAAUUACCAGAAAGCUUGUGAGAAUGGUAGGGGAGCUGUACUACUGUCUGUAGCAAGAGGGAAAGUUUCAGAAGGUGUCGAUUUUGAUCAUCAUCUAGGUCGAGCUGUUAUCAUGUUCGGUGUACCAUAUGUCUACACACAAAGCAGGUAUCUCAAAGCCCGUCUCGAAUAUUUAAGGGAAACUUUCCAGAUUCGAGAAAACGAUUUCCUGACUUUCGAUGCAAUGAGAAAUGCGGCGCAGUGUGUUGGUCGAUGUCUGAGAGGGAAAACUGACUAUGGUAUCAUGGUGUUUGCAGAUAAGAGGUUCGCCCGAGCCGACAAGAGAGGUAAGCUACCAAAGUGGAUACAAGAGCAUCUUAAAGACAGUUUAUGCAACUUGUCAACAGACGAGGGAGUGCAGGUGGCAAAACGGUUUCUAAGACAGAUGGCACAGCCGUUCAGUCAGGAAGAUCAACUUGGUCUGUCACUGCUCACAUUGGAACAAAUACAGUCGGAAGAAAUGAGAAAGAAAAUUGAGUGUAAAAUGCAGUAUGUCUAAACUUGUAGGAAGUAAUAUGAAUUUUGUUGGGCUUGAAGACAUGUUUUUUAGCAAUGUGUGAAUGAGCAAAGGAUCAAGAAACAAUAGUCAUAAAAACGCUCCUUCUGAAGUGUAAUUAAAUGCCUUCAGAUAUAUACUCUCAAAGUGGUUCUCAUCAGUUGUUAAAGAUUUUUUAUAUUGAGUGCUUCAUUUGAAGUGCUAUGUAAAACUUAAUCAUGUUGAAAAGAUAGCCAUUUUCAUUAUAUGAUUUCAUGAUAAGAUUUAUUUUUGGGUGUUUUAUAGACAAAAACAACUUUCCAAACUGGUAAUGAUGUUUAACAUUAAAAUGUCAUACAAAAGUGCA